UCGGGUCGGAGCCAGGACGAGUGUUUGGGGGGUGCGUGCGUGCGUGGGUCUUCGAUUGCUUCCGAUUCUUCUUCUUCGCCCACUCCCCAGGGCCUUGGCGGGGCUCCGGUUGAGUCUGAUCCGGGAUCUGUAUGGAGCCCAAACAUUAAGGGGACCGGGGGAGAGCCUGCAGCCUCCCUCCCGUCCCCCCCCGGGCACGCGGAGGAGAGCGAGAGCAGCCAGCUGCGCCAACGUUGCCAGAGGAGCGGGGCAGGGGAUGUUACCCCCACGGCGACCCCCACUUUGUUUCUAAAGACCUGAGCACCUACCCUGCUCUUCACUGAAGCAUGAACAUUGGACAUGGCCACCCGCCGCUGCACUCGGAAGCCUUUGCUGGCACCCGGAAUAUCUAGAAUGGUGUGGAAGCAUCUCAUCCUCUUCUUCCUUUGGCUGCCAUCACUUGUUUUGGGUGGAGCCUCCCCCACCUCCUGCCCAGCUGCUUGUUCUUGCAGCAACCAGGCCAGUCGGGUCAUCUGUACACGCCGGGAGCUUGUGGAGGUGCCCGAGAGCAUUUCUAUCAACACGCGGUACCUCAACUUGCAGGAGAACAACAUCCAGGUCAUAAAGACUGACACUUUCAAGCACCUUCGUCAUCUUGAGAUUCUGCAGCUCAGCAAGAACCUCAUCCGUAAGAUUGAGGUUGGAGCCUUCAAUGGCUUGCCCAACCUCAACACAUUGGAGCUCUUUGACAACCGGCUGACCACUGUCCCCACGCAAGCCUUUGAGUACCUCUCCAAGUUACGGGAGCUGUGGCUGAGGAACAACCCUAUUGAAAGCAUCCCUUCUUAUGCCUUCAACCGAGUCCCUUCCUUGCGCCGACUGGACCUUGGAGAGCUCAAGAAGCUGGAAUAUAUCUCGGAGGCAGCUUUUGAAGGCUUGGUCAACUUGCGCUACCUGAACUUGGGAAUGUGCAAUUUAAAGGACAUCCCUAAUUUGACAGCCUUAGUGCGGCUGGAGGAACUGGAGCUGUCUGGGAAUCGCUUGGACAUGAUCCGGCCAGGCUCCUUCCAAGGGCUGACCAGCCUUCGCAAAUUGUGGUUGAUGCAUGCCCAGGUGGCUACCAUUGAACGCAAUGCCUUCGAUGACCUCAAGUCCUUGGAGGAGCUCAACCUCUCUCACAAUAACUUGAUGUCCUUGCCACACGAUCUCUUCACUCCCUUGCACCGCCUGGAGCGUGUCCACCUCAAUCACAACCCUUGGCACUGCAACUGCGAUGUGUUGUGGCUCAGCUGGUGGCUCAAGGAGACAGUGCCCAACAACACCACCUGCUGUGCCCGGUGCCACGCCCCACCAAACCUCAAAGGGCGGUAUAUUGGAGAGCUGGAUCAAAGCCAUUUCACCUGCUAUGCCCCAGUUAUAGUGGAGCCUCCCACUGACCUCAAUGUUACUGAGGGGAUGGCAGCUGAGCUGAAAUGCCGGACAGGGACCUCCAUGACAUCAGUCAACUGGUUGACGCCCAAUGGGACACUGAUGACGCAUGGUUCCUACCGGGUGCGCAUCUCCGUCCUCCAUGAUGGCACACUGAACUUCACUAAUGUGACUGUCCAGGAUACAGGGCAGUACACCUGCAUGGUGACUAAUUCAGCUGGUAACACCACUGCUUCGGCCACACUCAAUGUCUCAGCUGUGGACCCAGCCACCACAGGUUACACCUAUUUCACUACCGUGACUGUGGAGACUAUGGACUCGGUUCCAGACGAAUCUGUUCCUACUAAGAAAGAGCCUGGGCCAACACCAUCACAGGGCUGGGGCAUGACUUACUCCACCACCUCAUUGACCCCACGCAGCACCCGUAGCACCGAGAAGCCGUUCACCAUCCCUAUCACAGAUGUAACAGAAAGUGGCAUGAAGGACCUAGACGAUGUCAUGAAAACCACCAAGAUCAUCAUUGGCUGCUUUGUGGCCAUCACCUUCAUGGCUGCUGUGAUGCUCAUUGUCUUCUAUAAACUCCGCAAGCAGCACCAGCUUCACAAGCACCAUGGGCCCACACGUACCAUUGAGAUCAUCAACGUUGAAGAUGAGCUGCCUGCCACGGCCGGGGGGCCCGGCGACAGCCAUCUGGCUCUUCCUGCCAUCGAGCACGACCACCUCAACCACUAUGCUGCUUUCAAGGCCCACUACAACAACAACAGUGGUGGCGGACCCCUCACCUGCGGUUCCAAGAACCCCAUGCUUAAUUCCAUCCAUGAACCUCUUUUGUUCAAGAGCAGCUCUAAAGAGAAUGUCCAAGAGACACAGAUAUGACGCCCAACAGACCCAGGCAACGGGGAAUACUUGUGUGGUGGGGGGGUGGCAGUGGAUUCGUACAUGGGGGGGGAGUUGAGGAAAAGCUCCUCCCCGACCCCCAACAAAAAAACCCCAGAUCUUUCCACCGCCAUGGCAGAUCUUGGAUGCCAAGCCCCCACCCAAGUGGACACCUUUGGUUCUCACCAAUUUAGCCUUUUAUGUUCUCUUCUUUUUCUUUUGCAGAACAAGAUACUACGCUCUCCCUCUGUCUGAUCUUUUUUUCCCUUCCUUCCUUUCUUUUCUCCCCACCCCCACCCCCCUUGUCUUCUUUUUCUACUGUUCUCCCUUUACAUUGGAGACUUUUUUUAUAUACAGAUCAGGGCUGUUUCUGUAUCCAACUACCUGCUGUAUUACUAAAAAAAAAAGGGAAGAACGAAAGAAAGCAAGAUGACAACAACAGAAUAAGGAAGGAUCACUCUUUGAUUUGUUUUCCUUUUGAGGUCAUGGGAAUAAACUUUAGGAAGAAAAAGAAACCCAAGCAAAAUGGGAGAGGAAAGAAAAAAAUCUUAUUUUGAUCCGCUUUCCAUCAAAAUUCUAUUUUCAUCCAAAUGGGAUAUACAAAAUAAAGAAAUUAAAUAAAGAGACAGAAGGUCAUGGUGGUGCCAGGGUUCCCCCCCCCUUCACCUUUGGAGCACGCGGGAAUGCCAGGCGCACAGGGUUCGGGGGGAUUUUUUAUGACUAGUAUUAUUACUAUGGGAUGGCAGGCAUGGCCGGUGUGCCCCCCAGAGACACAGGGGCGUGGAGGUAUUUUUUAAUUUGUAAU